UUUCUGUGACCUAAACAUUGUUGAGGCGUCUGCUUUUAUGCAAGUUGUAGACAGUACGUUAUUAAUCUUGUACACAUGGCGACUGUUAAAAGUAAAGAGUGGAUUUUAGAUGCCAUUGAUCAUCUUAGAAUGCGAAAAGCUCGACCCGACAUUCAUCGUAUCUGUUUAAUGUUGAAAAGAAAACACGGUCUACCGUUCCCCGAUACCGUAACGUGUCUAGAAGAUUUGGUUCACGCGGGGACCGUCCUUAAAGUGGAUUUUAAGGGAAACACAAGUUAUAGAAAUGCGGCCAAAUGGAAACAAAACUCGCUUGGAGGACACUUACUUAAUUCAACAACAGUUUCCGAAAUUUUGAAGGAAGCCAUAGCAGCUGUUUCGAAAAAAAUUGAUAAUGAAGAUGGGGCCGAUGAAUGGGACAUAAAAAAUUGGCUUUGCGUUACUGAUAGCGCCAAUCACUGGACGAGUGUCUCACUAACAGAAGCCCUAAAACGCGAAGUAGCACCCGGUAAUAUUUGUCGAUUGGCAGAUGGACGGUAUUGUUUGUUUUCCUCACUGCAAGAAAGAAAGAAGAAGAAAAUUAAGAUGAAACCGAAGAAGAUGUAUCCGAACGCAUGCAACGAAAAUGCACAACAGACUGAGUCGGGCGGCGAUUUAUCGGGAAAUGGUAAAAAGCGUGGAAGACCGCCCUCCAAAAGAAAGAAAUUCAAGAAAUUACAUCAUGAUGAUUACAUUUCUACUGAUGCCAUCAUAGCAGAUAAACAUUCAAAGAGGGAAACUGCCAGUCAGAAAGAUGAAGAUGAUCAAAUGUGUGAUUUUUGUGAAUCGAAAUCCAACAAGAAUGGUGAAACAGAACAGUUGCUUGUGUGCACAGAUUGUACAGCUACAGCCCAUCCCUCCUGCAUGGGAUAUUCUGAAGUUCUAGCUAGGAGAGCAAGACUUUCCCCAUGGCAGUGUAUUGACUGCAAAACCUGCUUCGUCUGCGAUGGUUCUGAGAAUGCUGAUGCUCUUUUGUUCUGUGAUUUUUGUGAUAAAGGAUGUCACAUGGCAUGUCACAGUCCCCCAAUUAAAGAAAAGCCCAAAGGGAAAUGGAUGUGCAUCAAUUGUCAAAUGGAUGGAGUAGAAGAACAAGGAAAUGACUCCACACAAGAAGAUCCAGAACUGAUGGAAUCUUUGUAUACAUGUAUGAUAUACGAUGGUGCCGAUGCCUCAUUUCCUCCAACUCCGUGUGAUUCCGACAGUGAUGUACAUGAUCAGCAUGAAAGAGACAGUUCAUCAGAAAAAUCAGAGUUGAACAAAUUAAGAAGAUCUCCAUUAGUGAAAAAACAUAUGAAGAAUGGAAAAUUCCCAGAUGCCAGUGAAUGGACAAUCGAUGAUGUCUACAACUUCUUCUCAGAGAUUGGAUUUCCAGAGCAAGCCAAUGCAUUCAUAGAUCAGGAGAUAGAUGGGAAGUCGUUACUGCUGAUGAAGCGAAGUGAUGUCUUGACUGGCAUGUCAUUUAAACUUGGGCCAGCCUUGAAGAUUUACCAGUAUGUCGAAGGUCUGCAGAUGGCAGGUUGUUCAUGACGAAUUCAGAUUCUUUGUGACUGAAGAAUACAGAAUUAUGUCGUUCCGGUUGUGUGUGUCAAGAGAAUGUUGAAUAAAUAACACUAUAGGUCACAUGUUGAAUGGAUUGACAAUGACUUUUCAAACAGUUUUAAUGAUUUAUAUUCUUUGUGCGAAAAUGUGAAUUAUUGCUUGUGCUAGGUUGUGUUUCAUGAAAUUAAAAGUUAUUUAUGCAAGAACA